AGCGAAGGGCCGGCCCGGGAUCCCGGGCGUGGGGCUCUGGGGGCGCGAGUAGGGAGGGGAGGGGCAGGAAUGCACCUCCCCGCCCUGCCUGUUUCCCUUUCCCAAUGCGUGGAAUGGAAGUCCUGCGGCUGGGUCCGGAGAGACCAAACUGACCCCGACGAAGAGCCCCAUGCGUUACUGGAAGGCGUUUCCAGUAAUCCCCGCCAGAAUGGGAGGCAGGGUCCGUUGGCAGGCCGACUGGUGAUCCUUUGUGAGCAAAGCCACUCUCAGGGACCCAUGUGCAUCAUCUUCUUUAAGUUCGAUCCUCGCCCUGUCUCUAAAAAUGCAUACAGGCUCAUCUUGGCAGCCAACAGGGAUGAAUUUUACCACAGACCAUCCAAGGUCGCUGACUUCUGGGGGAACAACAAUGAGGUCCUCAGUGGGCUUGACAUGGAAGAAGGCAAGGAAGGAGGCACGUGGCUGGGCAUCAGCACACGGGGGAAGCUGGCUGCACUCACCAACUACCUGCAGCCACGGCAGGACCGGGAUGCCCGGGGCCGAGGUGAACUUGUGACCCACUUUCUGACUACAGACAUGGACAGCUUGUCCUACUUGAAGAAGGUCUCUGCGGAGGGCCACCUGUACAACGGCUUUAAUCUCAUAGCAGCUGACCUAAGCACGGAGAAGGGAGAUGUCAUUUGCUACUACGGGAACCGGGGGGAGCCCGAGCCAGUCGUCCUGGCACCAGGAACGUAUGGACUAAGCAAUGCGCUGCUGGAGACGCCCUGGAAGAAGCUGUGCUUUGGGAAGCAGCUCUUCCUGGAGGCCGUGGAGCGGAGCCAGGCUCUCCCCAAGGAUGUCCUCAUUGCCCAGCUCCUGCAUGUGCUCAACAAUGAUGAGGCGCAGCUGCCAGACCCAGCCAUUGAGGACCAGGGCAGGGAGUAUGUGCAGCCCUUUCUGAGCAAGUACGCGGCUGUGUGUGUACGCUGCCCGGGCUAUGGCACCAGAACCAACACCAUCAUCCUUGUGGACGCAGAUGGGCACGUGACCUUCACAGAGCGUAGCAUGCUGGACAAGGACCCCUCCUGCUGGGAGACCAGCACCCACGAGUUCAAGCUGCAGAGCUAACCCCUCUCCGUGGGUGUGGCCAUUGGGCUCCUGGAAGGCCCUGCCUCGAGGACCAGUAUGGAUAGGAGCCUCCUAUAGCCACACACACUGCCUGUGACUUGGGCAGGACCAGGGCCCUUGGUGUUUCUGUGACCUGUCCGUGUCCACGUGUCCAGCUCAGGGUCUGCCCUUACGCCAGUGGGAGUGACAAGAGUCCCGCAGCCCGGCUCGGGGCAGGCCCAGGUGUGCUCUGCGUGUAUGAAGGCACCUGGGCCUGCACCCUGUCCAAGCAUAGAGGCACACACUCAAGGCAUAUGCUUCCAUGCACACCUGCAGGUGCAUGGGCACACGUAUACAUGUAUAGGUAACAGAUGGGCACACGCAUGCUCAAACGCACACACUGAUCCUAGCGUAUACACAUAUGCAUACCAGACAGACAGAGAUGUGCCUCUCACAUCUGCAGGCGCUGCCGGCCAGUGGGUCUUUGCUUUGAUCAAAACAACAGGGUUUUGUGUUUAAAAGACUUGUGUUUAAAAGUGGCUCCCUCUCUCCUGGGCGUGGUCUACUUCUGGACAGUUAGACUUGCUCUUGGAGAGGGGGCUGAAGGAUGACAAGAACCCCAGGAAAACCCACUGUCAUAACAGAAGCACAGGCUGGUUGGUGGUCUUUUGUGCCCUGGAGGGGGGUGGUCUCCUGUGUGCAUGGGGUAGCCCUGUUGGGGGAGGAGGGUGGUCCUCCCUGAAGCACCAGGGGUCCUGUGUAUGCUGGGGCACCUUGGUAGGCUCUCAGGCACCUACCUGCCCACUGGAGGUCAUGGGUCUUGGGAAGGCCCUCUCAAUGAGGGGACACAGCCAACCCUUGCUGUUUCCCUUCUCCUUGGGAAGUCAGACUUCAUAGGAAUCUGUACUUGAAUGUGAGACCAUGAUAAUAAAAUCCUGAGGCUGUGGUGAG